AUGGACGAUUAUGAUGAUUAUUAUGAUAUGAACGAUGAUGACGAUGAUAUUAAUGCUGAAGUUAGUGACGAUUCCAAUAAUAUUGAUGAUAAAGCUGACUGUGAUCCUGAUGAUUUUGGUGUGAAAGAUUAUUUGAAUCCCGAUGAUAGUGAUGCCGAAGACGAUUAUGAUCCUGAUGAUUUCGAUGUCGACAAUUAUUUGAAUCCCGAUGAUAGUGAUGCCGAAGACGAUUAUGAUCCUGAUGACUUCGAUGUCGACAACUAUUUGAAUUUUGAUGAUAGUGAUGCCGAUGAUGGUGAGAAUUUCUCUGAUUCAGAGUUAUCAAUUGGUGGUUUUGAAAGUUAUUCAGCUGAUAUCCGUACAAAUGAUGCUGCUCAUUUAGCACUAAAUUCUAUUUUACGUGAUUUAAUAAUGUUAAAUUCAUCUGCAGACUUUAUCAGUGACUCACUUCGGAUGUAUUUGACAGCUCCACCCUUAAUCCAAAAAGAACCAAAUACAGAAAAAUAUUGCUUCACAUUGGGUCCUACAUCUUAUGAGUCCGAGAAUAUAGCCUUACCGAAUCCAACAAUCUACGUGGGCAAUCUGCCUGCUAACACUACAUCCAAAGACCUCGAGAAUUGGUUCCUUAAGGAAGGCUAUCGCGUCAACGAGAUUCACAUAAAAAAAAAUCAGAAAGAUGCUUGUUAUGCUUUUGUUCGUUUCAAUUCUAUUCAAACAGCAUGUCAAGUUUUAUGUUCAAAACCGAAAACAUUUGUUUUCAAAGGCCAACCACUACACAUUAAUCAUUCUCAUAAGAAACCUUCUCAACAGCCUAAAAAUAUUCUGAUUACUGCAACAACAAGUGAUAACAUAUCUAAAAUCAUAAAGCUGAAAAUUACAGACAUUCACUAUGGAACGCUCAUUUCAAGGGCAAGUAUGGGAAAUAUACAAACACAAAACAGCACUAUUCAUAAUAACAGCAAAUACGGCAUCAUUGCAAAGCGUCCUUUAACCGAUAAACACACAAAUGUGCACCUUAAUAUUUAUGAGGUCGAGAAAAAGAUAGCUAUUACUUGUGAUUUCCAGUUGUAUUCUAUGGAUUAUUUUCAAUCUGCCACUACACUAAAAUUUGAAUGGAAUUUUCGAGAUCUGACAGCGAGAAAAAUAAGUCCUGUAUUAAUUAAUCAGGACGAAGUGUUUUUACUUAUCGAACUUAAAAGGCCUCCAGUAAUUUUGCUAACACAUACUAUAUCGCGUGAGUCGGCUGAAGAAUCUGAUGAGAGACGCUUACCUGGUUGGGGACCUGUUGGCUAUGCCAAUACAUGGCUCUUCAAAGUAUCGAUAAAUGAUCAGCAAGAUGAGUAUGGGAAGUUAUUUGAAAUUCUGCAUCGAUAUAACUUAUCAUCAAGGCAGUUCUUUCAAAAAGAUAUUAUUAAUUUAACUGAAACGAUGGAAGAUGCUCGAAAGAAUCUCGAAUCGAUUCCACUUAUAUUCAAUGAUGAUUGGGUCAAAGAAAAUCAAGCAAAAGUAGAUGACUUUUUUAAACUUCGAUGGUCACCAUAUCCUUUUGAAACAAAAUUCGAAAUCAUGAAACUAAUUUCAAAACGUAUGAUUACAGUUUAUGAUUUAAUCACUGAUCAACAAGCAGAAAAUAUCUUAAAAUUAUGUUCUAUUAAUACAUUAAUAGCUCUCACAGAUGAAAUUGCUGAAAUCGCUCCUCAGCUGUUUGCCACAAUAUGUGACAAUGAAGAUGAAGAUUGGCAUAAUGAAAAUGAGCAUGGCAGAUCGAAAUUAGAACUAAAAAAAACACAAAUGCGAAUCACUAUUAAAAAACCGUCUACUGAUGAUCCAUUUAUAUCCGAACAUAUUCGCUCAUGUACUACUGGAGAACUCACUAAUGAUAAAGAUGCUGAUAUUGCAUCUUUGAAAACAGUGAUGAAAAAACGUUCUUUACCAUCAAAAGGAUAUCACACUGGAAUAUUUGGUCGUUUGAUUAAUUUUGCAUUAAAAGAACUACUAAAAAAAAGUGAGCUUUACCAGACAAACACGACGAAAAUUUAUGUUACUAAACUUGAAUUACGUACUAUAAAUGAUAAUCCAUUUGUAAUGCGCAAGAUAUACAUUACGCCAUCGACUAUUCUUUAUGAAGGUCCAUAUCAUGAAGAAAAAUGUGUCGUAACACGGCAGUUUGUACAGCAUCAAGAUCGAUUUCUUCGUGUAACUUUUCGCGAUGAAGACUAUCGUGUGUUACAUAAUUAUAACGAUAAUAUGGCGAAAAUAUAUGAAAGCAUCAAAACGAUCUUGAGAAAUGGAGCUAAUGUAUGCGAUCGGCAUUAUCAAUUUUUAGCAUUUUCAAGUUCACAGUUACGUGAACAUUCCUGCUGGAUGUUCGCGGGAGUUGCUGAUGGAACUACGGCGGAUUCGAUUCGUGAAUGGAUGGGAGAUUUCCGAAAUGUUCGCCCAGUAGCUAAACUAGCUGCUCGUUUAGGGCAAUCGUUUUCGAAAAGUUUGCAAGGUAUUCAACUUGAAAAUAAUCGACGGGGAGAAAUACCUGAUUUAAAAACAAAAAUAACACUCGGUGAAAAUUCACGUGAAUAUUGUUUUACGGAUGGCAUUGGUAUUAUUUCGGCAACAUUUGCAAAAAAAUUAUCUCAACAACUGAAGUUUACUCAAAAAGUUGGCCCAUGUGCAUUUCAAAUUCGUUGCGGAGGCUAUAAAGGCAUGGUCUGCUUGGAUAUUGCUAAUCGCAUCACGGAUUCUGAUGUAGACGUCUACUUUCGCGAAUCCAUGAAAAAAUUCGAUGCAAAUACUUUUUCCAUUGAUGUUGUACGUACGUCACUUAGCCCGUCAGUUGCUUAUCUAAAUAGACAAAUUAUUCUUCUUCUAUCAUCUCUUGGAAUUCCCGAUGAUGUUUUUAUUUCGUUGCAAGAUAAAAUGUUACAACAGUUAAAAGCAUUAACAGGAAAUUCACAUGAGACGCAGGCAGCAAUAAAAGAAUUAAAUGAAUUUGGUGGCAAUGGAUGUCAUGCAUUUCUGUUUGCAUAUUUAAAAAGUUUAGGCGAACAAAAAGACCCGUUUGCUCGCCAGCUUCUUUUUGCUUUGAAAGCAUUUCUUGUGAAAGAAUUGCGAACAAAAGCAAAACUUCGUGUGCCAGAUGCAUGGUCUUUAUUGGGAGUAAUAGACGAAACACAAACACUUAAAUAUGGUGAAGUUUUUAUUCAAAUAGACAAUAGUCAUCAUCGACCAGAUGAUCCUCAAAAACAAAUUCUACAAGGUCCCGUAGUAGUAACCCGAAACCCAUGUUUUCAUCCCGGUGAUAUACGAAAGCUAACCGCAGUUGAUAUACCAGCUUUGCACAGAUUGAAAAAUGUGAUUGUUUUUCCUAUGAAUGGACCUCGUCCUCAUCCAAUGGAAAUGUCGGGAGGAGAUCUGGAUGGUGAUACAUUCUGGAUAAGUUGUAAUCCAAAGUUAAUAUUUUCAAAAAAUGAAGAACCAUUUGAUUAUCAAGAUCAAGAAGACCAAGCUAAUAUCGAAACACAAUCACAAACAAAUGUUCAAUAUACCAUUAAGGAUGUGUGUAAUUUUUUCGGUGAAUAUAUUGCAGCUGACAAUCUCGGUCUUAUUGCCAAUAGACACUUGGCUUUUGCCGAUCAAUUGGAAAACGGUCUCAAACAUGAUAAAUGCUCGCAAUUAGCGAGAAUGCACAGUGUGGCUGUUGAUUUUGCUAAAAAGGGAAUUAAUGCACCUCGUCUUACAUCUGAACUUCGUCCCCUUAAGUAUCCACAUUAUAUGGAAAAGCAAGACAAGGAGUCCUAUAAGUCAACAACAGUUCUUGGCAUAAUUUAUGAUAAAGUUGCCAGUUACCAAAGUAAUCUAUAUAUUAAUUUGGAAGAAGAAAUUAAAGCUACAUCAUCAUUUCCUUAUCAAUCUUUCACUGUUAAUGGAAGUGAUACAUAUAUGGAAGAUGCGCGCAUAGUCAAAGGUGAAUAUGAUCGAGAUUUGAAAAGACUUAUGCGACAGUAUGGUAUUAGAAAUGAAGCUGAAGUUGUUUCGGGUUAUAUUCUUCAAUUUACUUCAAGACAAUAUGCAAACGAAACGAAAAACUUGUACGAUUUAAGAAAUGAUAUUGUACAUGCUUACAGAGUUAUACAAGAAAAAUAUUUACAUUUGUUUUGGGAAGAAUUCUAUCAAGUGGCAAAUGAAUCACAAGAUGAACAAGUGAAAUGGUCUGAAGUAUCGAAAAAAUUAACUUGGAAAGGUCAGAUUGAUUUGUUAAAAUUUAAUGACAAGGAAUCAGAAUUGGAGGAAGCAAAGAAAAAAGCAUCCGCUUGGUUCCGUGCCACUUAUCAAACAUGGAUAAUCAAAAUCAACAAAUAUCGAAAAAGUCAAAAGAACAAACCAAACACGUUGGCAAAUAAUCAACAAACCGAAGAACCAAAAGGUUUCAAAGAGCUAUUUAGUUUCGCUUGGAUAGCCUAUCCUGUCUUAUUGGAAAUUUACGACGAAACUCAAAGCAAUGCCGAAUCGAAUCCAAAAAGAAGGAGACAGAUGAAAAAGAAAAACAACCGAAAAAAUAUUUCUGCUGUACCUAAAAAUAGUACAUAUAAAAGAAAAAAGUGA